AGUUCAGCAAUUAACGCGCAAGAAAGCAGAAGAACUGUGACUGAGUCUUGAGUGUUUUCCUUAAAUUUCAGAUUUUCCUGUUCUUCACCCUUCUUCGCCCAAAAGACUGAGUGAAACAUGUGCAAAUUGCGCCCUGGUCUGCUGGUUCAUAGUGGUAGCAGACAUUUAAGGAAGAUGCCCUUCAUCUACGAAGUGUAUUACAAUUUAAGAAGUGGUGCGGAAGAUUCCUGUUCAGUGUAACUGACUGUUGAAAGUGUGUUUGUGGGUGAAAAAUGGCACAAAACAUUUCAGCCGCCGUGUAUGGAGCUGUUUUAAAUGGGUCAUUCGAAGGCAGACCCUCCAAUGACUCCAGCCAGAAACUGGAAGAAUGCCAGGCGCUGUACCAAAACGAGACUGUGCUUUUGCAACAACUUUAUCCAGGUGAAUUUUGCAAAGUGUCCUACGAUCAGAUCUUCUGUUGGCCUCCAACGCCGCACAACACCACCGCCCAACUGAGCUGUUUUUCUGAGUUCUUCGGAAUCCGCUACGACGACACUCAAAAUGUGACCAGAAAGUGUUUUGCGAACGGCACCUGGAGCAAAUCGUCUUAUGAUGCCUGCGCUGAGCUGGACAUCUACCCGACCAGUGUGGAGACUCAGAGCAAUAUCUACUUGAUCGGCUACAUCAUCAGCUCCAUUACUUUGGCUGUAGCCAUUUUUAUUUUUUCGUAUUUCAAGGAGCUGAGAUGUUUGCGCAACAAAAUACACAUGAACCUUCUCUGGUCGUAUCUUCUCACUUACUGCAUGUGGAUCGCCAUUCUGAUCGGGUUAAACUUCCGAGAGCACAUGGCCGUUACGUGCGUUUUUGUCGUGACCCUUCUCCAUUAUUUCCACAUCACCACGUUUUUUUGGAUGUUUGUCGAAGGUCUUUACCUCUAUAUCCUGGUGGUUCAGACGUUAAUCAGGGACAGUUACAAGCUGAGAGUGUACGUUGCCAUCGGAUGGGGAACUCCUCUAUUCUUCAUCAUCGUGUGGGUGAUUUUUAAGAGCAUCUUGGAGCAGCACGAUCAAAGCGAUGCCUGCAAUUGGUUCAACGCCAGCCACAUCGACUACAUCUUCCAAGUGCCUACCAUUAUUGUCCUGGUGGUGAACAUCAUUUUCCUGGUGUCCAUCAUGGUAGUUUUGGUGACCAAACUGCGUUCAGCCAACACGCUGGAGAUUCAACAGUAUCGCAAGGCUGUCAAGGCGCUGGCAGUCUUAAUUCCCCUACUAGGAGUCACCUAUGCGAUCACCAUUUACGCCCCAUGGCUGUCCAUAUGGGACAUGUUGCGCAGCGCUCUGUUGUCUGUACAGGGUUUCAUGGUGGCAUUGUUCUACUGUUUCCUCAACACCGAGGUCCAGAACACGUUGAAGCAUCACUUCGAAAACUGGAAAACCAAGAAGUCGUUGGGCCCGAGCCGAUUGCGAUCCAGCAGCCGGAGCAAAGACUGGUCGCCCCGAUCCAGAACUGAGAGUUUAAGGCUGUAUAGCCAGCCGACCAAUAUGUAUAACAAAAGGGAGUCGUGCACAUCGGAUGCAACAACAACCACUCUAGUCACUGUAAACGGAGGCACGCAGGGGCGGAGCCCCUACCUUCAGCCCCCCAAGCUCUGCUAUGGAGGAAGUGUCUGAAAGUGAGUUUUACUUACAGUGAAUUCGCACAGGUUUAAACUUAAAGGUUUACGUAAGUGUAAGUUUUUGUUUAUAUCGUUUAUUCUAGAUGGUGCCAAAAUGUGUUUGCCUGUUGUUUUUCUGUGGCUGCUCUUACAGGGUGUUUAUAUGUUCGACUGAUUUCCUUUUGAAACUUGGGAUUGAUAACAUUGACACCCUGUAUCGAAAUCGUUUUGUUAAUAUUCAAUAUUUUCCUACAACAAAGUUCUCUUGUCUUCGGAGCACUUCACACUAAAUGGCCUACGUAAUUUUUCGAUAAGCAAAUAACUAAAAAGACAGUUUGAUCUCUUGAGAUUUGUAUAUACUUUCCUGACUGUGUUUCAAUUCCAAAUCAAAUUUAUUCCUGGGUUUCAGUCAUUUAUUGUCUAUUUAUUAAUCAAAAUACGUUUCGGUGUAUUUUUCCACCAUCAUCAGUUUAUAUACAGAUGAUAUAUCAGAAAAAUACACCGAAACGUUUCUUGAGAUUGCCACCACUAACCCAAAAUUAAGAAAGGCCUGUCCAACUGAAUUAUCCUUAUGAACAUCUUCCUCUAAAGCUAAAUGUACAAAUUCCUGCCCUGCGAGCCUCAAGAGAUGAAGUAAAUUCCUAAAUUGUAUAUAACAAAAAAUAAAACUAUUCUGUACAGAUAAUCUGAUCGAUCCGCUUUUAUACACAUGUUUAUUUAUUUGUAGUUUAUUGUAUGGUUUUAUUAGCACUUGGAGUAAACUGCAUCCGAAUUGUUGAGGUCGCGAACUUCUUAAACAACAAGUCGGAUGUUGUCUAUUCGCAUAAAGAAAAAACAGAAUUUACUUACAUUUCAACUGCCUUAUAAUCGUUUUGAAUUGAUCGGCACAUGUGACCGAUUUGUACUUAUUUUCCAGAAAAUUUGUGUGAAACUGAAUGUUUGUAAUCGCCGUUACACAUUUUGUGUGGCGAAAGGACCCAUCGAAUAUUUUAUAUUAAAAUAUUUUUCAUACAAGCUGGCUGUUUCAUGAAAAUGGAGGAUGUUUCAAUAAGGUUCAGACUUCCAAAGAAGCUACAAGUUGGUCCAAAAAAUCGCAAUAAAACGGUUAUUGAAUCAUCCACAGGCAACACUUUAACAAUCGCAUACAAACGUUAGAUCAACUCGGUCUAGCCCUGAUAGUUACACUGUUGCUCACUACAACGUGAACCUUCCUAAGCCUGAGAUAUUUUAAACAAGAACAAGAUCUAUAAAAGACUUCAAAUAUAUAUUGUAAUUAAUGUUAA